UGUCAGCGGGCAGAAGGUGCGCGGGCUCGACGGCGGGGCUAUGGCUGCCGUCAACGGCGCCGUGGAGAACGGGCAGCCCGACAAGAAAGUACCCCCGCUGCCGCGGCCCCUGCGCAGCCUGGAGGUGAAGUACACCAAGAUAUUUAUUAACAAUGAAUGGCAUGAGUCUACAAGUGGAAAGAAGUUCCCUACCUACAACCCUUCAACGCUGGAGAAAAUUUGUGACAUUGAGGAAGGAGAUAAGCCUGAUGUGGAUAAUGCAGUGGAGGCAGCGAAGGCAGCAUUCCAGAGGGGGUCUCUAUGGAGACAGAUGGAUGCCCCAAGCAGAGGACGACUCCUGCACAAACUGGCUGAUCUUCUUGAACGGGACAGAGUCAUCCUGGCAACUCUGGAAACAAUGGACACAGGAAAACCUUUUCUGCAGGCUUAUUUCAUUGACCUGGAAGGCUGUAUAAAAACACUCCGAUAUUAUGCUGGAUGGGCUGAUAAAAUUCAAGGCAGAACUAUUCCAGUGGAUGAAAAUUUUGUCUGUUUCACCCGGCACGAGCCGAUGGGUGUCUGUGGAGCCAUAACCCCAUGGAACUUCCCCCUGCUGAUGCUGGUUUGGAAGAUGGCACCAGCGCUGUGCUGUGGAAACACUCUGGUCAUUAAGCCAGCUGAACAAACUCCACUCACGUCUCUCUACAUUGGCUCUCUGAUCAAGGAGGUGGGUUUCCCUCCAGGUGUGGUGAACAUUGUGCCUGGCUAUGGCCCCACAGCUGGAGCUGCAAUUUCUACCCAUGACAGCAUUGAUAAAAUUGCUUUUACUGGAUCAACCAAGGUUGGAAAACUGAUCAAAGAAGCUGCUUCUAAAAGCAACCUCAAAAGGGUGACAUUAGAGCUGGGAGGGAAAAACCCCUGCAUUGUGUGUGCAGAUGCAGACUUGGACUUGGCAGUGGAAUGUGCCCACCAAGGCGUGUUCUUCAACCAGGGGCAGUGCUGCACAGCUGCCUCCCGCGUCUUUGUGGAGGAGCAGAUCUACCCUGAGUUCGUCAAGCGCAGCGUGGAGUUUGCCAAGAAGAGACUGGUUGGAGACCCCUUUGAUGCCAGAACUGAACAAGGGCCCCAGAUUGACCAAAAACAGUUUGAUAAAAUCCUGGAGCUGAUAGAAAGUGGGAAGAAAGAAGGCGCUAAGCUGGAGUGUGGUGGUCUUGCCAUUGAAGACAGAGGACUGUUUAUAAAACCCACGGUGUUUUCAGAGGUCACUGAUAACAUGAGAAUUGCCAAAGAAGAGAUUUUUGGGCCAGUUCAGCCAAUUAUGAAGUUCAAGAGUAUAGAAGAGGUGAUAAGAAGAGCCAACAGCACCGAGUACGGACUCACAGCCGCAGUGUUCACCAAGAACCUGGACAGAGCCUUAACCCUGGCUUCGGCUCUGCAGUCAGGAACAGUCUGGAUCAACUGUUACAAUGCGCUCUAUGCACAGGCUCCUUUUGGUGGCUUUAAAAUGUCAGGCAAUGGCAGAGAACUUGGGGAAUAUGCUCUGGCAGAAUAUACUGAAGUGAAAACAGUCACCAUUAAACUCUCCCAGAAGAGUCCAUGAAAACAGGAGGCCUAAAAUGCUGACACUCUGAAUGUGACACAUGGGGGACGUGUUCAGAGCAAGGGGGAGGGGAGGAGUGGGAAGGAAAAUGGAAACACCUGUCUUUAUUCCUCUAGGAACACUGAAUCUACUGGACACCAUUUUGCCAACUGGCUCUUCACAAACUGAUUUACUGACCCUACUGGCAGUGCACACUUGUACUCUACAAGUCCCUGGCUGUACAUCUGCCUGCUCCCUGUGACUCAGAUGCUGGUCAGUCACAGUGUUUGCAGGACAUCUGCUCCAAACUCGGUACCCCUGAAGGACAUGGACAUCGCUGGCAUGUUAAGAGAGACUGCUGGUACCAUCACUGGUACUGGCAAAUACCUUCAGAGGCACCUGGAUUUCCCUUGGCAUAGAUGGACUUGAGUGGUAGGGUUAGAACAACUUGACUGGAGCUGCUGGAGUUUGUGUGAAGAUUGCAGCUGGAGUUUGGAAUGGGAGUGCAAGCUUUUGUGGAAGGUUCUGUAAGGAAAUUCUCUUCGAAAGAGUUAUCUUGGUGUCUCUAAAGAUAUAUGCAUUCUCCAUACUGGUGAUAUUCUAGCCCUGAAUGAGAUUUGUGGGAGUUUCCUAGAGGACUCCUUUGGGGCCAGUAUUUCGCCCAACAGAGACAGACUUUCAAGUGUCCUUGGAACCUGAUGUUUGGGUGUGCACACACUACACAUGCUGCAAAUGCAAGUUCCUGACUUGCUGACCCUUCUGGCUCCCAGUGAGUCACAGUUGUAUCUCAAACCUUCACUAUAGCACUUUUCUCAAGAGAAUUUUGCACUGCACUUACUGUGGUGACACCGAGUUGGAUGCUGAGCAUGUAGCAUGGUAGAUACCCCACAGAAAACACCCCACACCAGUCCUUCUGAUCUGGGGGAGGAAGCAGAAGAGCUGCAGGAAACUGUCCUGCUCUCUCUUUCUCUGCAACUUUCAGGCUUUUCGAACAUCUCUUUGUUUUUUGAGCCAGGACUAUUACUAUGAGAGUAAAACUUAUAAGCUCUUCUCACUGCUUCUUUGUCGUGUAUGAAUGUAGCUUAAAAUACAUUCCUGGAAGUGCAGUGUGAAAAGGCAGGUGCUCCCAAGCACACCCUGAGUGCUAAAGAGGAGGGUCUACAAUCCUGUUACCAUGGAAUAAGACGUGGCUGGAUUUCACUGUGUCAGCAGCUUUACAGUCGUUGUCCCUGUGAGUGCUGUCAUCUCGUGGCCAGCACAGAGUAGCUGAUCCUUCCCUAAGAAAACAACUGCCUUGGAUUGUCCCUUGCUCGCAGCUGUCCAUGGAGUGGCUGUCACACCAAGUUCAUGCCUUAGUACCUCCUGCAGUAACUUCUUUGCAUACCCAGACAUUAUUAUGAGAUUAAUUGUGAUGAGAUUAAUGACAAGCCACAUGCUGUCUUCAGUUCCUGGGUUCACUGCUUUCCCUCCUUGUCUCCUCCUGACUCUGCUGGAGAACCCUGGCAAAGGCACAGCCAGUCCCACGUCUGCAGGAGCUGUGAGUGUGCAGGAGUUAGUGGUGACAGCUUGUUAGGAAGUUUAGCUGAUCCCUCUGGGAUUGUCCUCUGAGAACAAACCCACCGAGAUUCCUUAUGGCUUAUCAGCAGAUCUCCAGGGAGCACUGAUGAGGAUUGCUGCUCCAGAUGUCAGAGCUUGAAGCAGAAAUGCAGGUCUAACCUUUCUUCUCUGCUGCAAGCCAGGAUUUAACCAGUACCUUCCGUUGCUCACAGAUAGAUAGGCUCAGACAGCAACAAAUUCUGUUGCAUGAGUGGAGCUUUUUUUGGAGGAGGAAGGAAGGUGGGUGGCGAUAAGUAAGGAAAAAAGUUUGCAUGAGCCUAAACUUCCUUAUUAGUUGGUGAACGUUAAAAUUGCGCUUCCACACCACUUCACUUCUGACGUGACAUACAUCCAACAGUGUAACUAGGAGCCUGUCCUCCCAGGGGGUGUGAGACAGGUAAAUCUCCCUCUCCAGUGAUGAAAAUGUCCUCCCUUCCCCAUCAAAGGCCAAAUGGGUUAAUCGUAAAUAAGUUUCUAUUUUUGUAAGGCACGUAAGAGUGCAAACAUCUUCUCAGACAAACAUUUUACUCUUGCCCACCUGAGGGUUUUCUUGGGCUGCAGCCAGACAGUAGGGAGGUGAGGCAAACAGUAAAAGGCUGGUUAUCCUGAUGUAUCUCUGUAUUUUUGAUAAACAAUGGUGGAGACUGAAAUAAUCUGAAAUUCUUAAAAUCCUACUCUUCUGGCUUUAUACGUAUGAUAUAUAUUUCACUUUUUUUCCCCCUUAUCAAGUUUUUUAAAAGUCAAUGUAUCUCUUUUUGUAUAAAUCAGGGUUUGACUCUACACACUGAAUUUUCUAAGUUAUAUAACACUAGACACUAACUUUAAAAUAACCCCUUAGAGGGUAUAUAUAUUCUUCCAUUGCACAGUAAGGCUUUCAUAUGAAAUACUAGUUGUUUUUUUUUAAAGAAAAGAACUAUAUUUAUAAAUUAGGAUACAGUUAAUCUAAUGUAUUUUUAUAGCUAAAGGUACAUGAAAAUGCUAUGUUUAAACCUCAUGUAUAUAUAUUUAGACUAUGGAUAUCUUUUUUGUAAUAGUUCUUGUUCCUAAUAAAUGUUUAACUUUGUGAAA